AGAAUGGGGAGGCUCAUUCCUUGACUUGCGAAGCGUAGCACUUCAGCAAGUUGCCUCGGUGCACACGUAACCGUAGUUGAUAGCCAAGCGUACUGAAUUAAGCAUCAGGCGUAGCAGAACCACACCGAUAGUGUCACGAGAGAAUGUCGUCUGCUCUCCGUCGCCUUUCGCAGCAGGCCCCGCGUCUGACGCGUGGCCUGAAGACUGGCAACGUCACUAAGGGUGGUGCUGAGAAGUAUAGCCACGAGGAGGUCGUCUAUGGCGAUGGCCACCACGGUCUGCGCAAGGGCUACACCUACGACUUCGAGCACGGGCCCCACUACCUGCAGCCCGAGAAGAUUCCCAACUUCUGGAGCAAGUUCUAUGCGGGCACUGGCGCGCUUUACGCCGUGGGCCUUGGCGUGCCCCUGUUCGCUGUCUGGUGGCAGCAGAGCAAGCUCAAGGCGUAAACGCGCCUAGGAGCUAUCACUGGUGUUGGGCUUGCACGGAAGCACCAUAGUGGUUUCUGGCGGGCGGGGACGCGGCUGGGCUUGGUAAGCACACGGCGGUCUUCAGGCUUAAUUCUUGUGUCGUUGUGUCUCGAGUGUGCUGUGAGUGUAUGGUUUGCGUGGGAUGCGUACUGAGCGUGGCUGUCCUACAAAUGGAGGUUUGUAACCCAGGCCAGACCAGGGUGCUGUUCAGGCGACAGCUGACCGUGUGAGGGCGCUCAGGAUGGUUAGAUAGGAGACUCCCCAUGACCUGAAUAGUUAGGCUUGACCCAGAUAUCGUCAUUCUCCGCCCCAUUGCUGGAGGGGCCGAUGUACUUGUAAGGACCUGUCGCGGU